UGCACGUGGGUAUUUGGUUAAAAAUAAAUAGAACGUGAGGGCGAUAACAUUGUAAAUAGUCAAAUAAUUGUAGAUUUGCUUAAGAUACCAAUUAUAUUUCAAACCUUGAAUUCUCCAUACAUACCUCGACCAGUUACUAAACUACAAUGGGCAAAAAACGGAAAUUUGCGGCAAAAGAUGAUGAAUUUGAAUACGAUCCAAUACCUAGACACUUGGUAACUUCGCAUAUAAAGAAGCAAGAGAAACGUCUUAUAGUCAUCCUGGAAAACGCACAGUUGGAAACGGUUAAAACAGGUAAUAGCUUUGAACUGUUAAACUGCGAUGACCAUGCUAACAUUCUUAGAAAGAAUGACAGAGAGCCAGGCUCCUGCCGACCAGACAUCACACACCAGUCUCUCCUGAUGUUGAUGGAUUCACCCUUGAACAGAGCUGGCCUACUGCAAGUUUACAUUCACACAGAAAAAAAUGUACUCAUUGAAAUCAAUCCACAAACCAGAAUACCACGGACUUUUAAGAGAUUUGCUGGUUUAAUGGUGCAACUGCUUCACAAAUUUGCAAUUAGAGCUUCAGAUGGGCCGAUGAAGCUGCUUAAAGUUAUCAAAAAUCCUAUUACGUCACACCUGCCAGUAGGUGUAAGGAAAGUCACAAUGUCCUUUAGUUCUAAGGUUGUGAAAAACUGUAGGGAAUUAGUUCCAAAAGAUGAGCCAAUAGUCAUGGUUAUUGGUGCAAUGGCACACGGCAAGGUUGAAGUUGACUACUCAGAGGAUGUUAUAUCCAUCAGUAACUAUCCACUUUCAGCUGCACUAACAUGCGCUAAAUUAUGUACUGCCUUUGAAGAAGUUUGGGAUGUAGAGUGAAUAAAAUAUUAAGAAAUAA